AAAAAAUACUUUGACAUCCCCUCACCAGAUCACUUGGUGAGCGUUUGGAGUUUUGUUCACCAAAAUGUUUCGCUUCAAGAAGACACGACGUCAGCAGGAAACAUCCACGCAAGGUGCCGAGAUGGUGCCUGAAACGACAGUGAAGGCUCCAAAGAAGAAAAAACGUGUACUGCGUUUUUUCAAACGAAAAAGAGCUCCUGCAGCUUCAGACGUCAUAGACACCACAAGUCAAGGCGUUGAUUCCUGCAGCUCUGAAAUCCAAACAAUUGACAAUGAAAAAGAGGCUUUGUCAAUGGAACGUUUGAAUUCAGACUCUGAGAAGCAGAGCAUGAUGGGGAACACAAAUCUACAGCUGGAUACCUCAAGUGAGGAUGAGUUUUACCCUUGCCUCUCCAAAACCCCAAGUCCUGAGAAUAAAACUCAGGCUUCGGCAUGGGGCAGUGAGGAGUGGAGGGAGAAGGAGAACAAAGAUCUCCAGCUGGAUGCCUCAAGUGAGGAUGAAAAUCAACCUUGCUGCUCCAAAAGCCUAAGACCUGACUAUAAAAGUCAGGCUUCGGCAUGGGACAGUGAGGAUUCGGAUUCUGAGAAGGGAUGGGUGAGGGAGAACAAAAAUCUCUGGCUAGAUACCUCAAGUGACGACGAGUAUGAACCUUGGUGCUCCAAAAGCCUAAGACCUGACAAUAAAACUCAGGCUUCGGCAUGGGACAGUGAGGAUUCAGAUUCUGAGAAGAGGAGGGUGAAAGGCAAAGGGAAGCUCCCAAUCAACCCGAGAUAUCGGCAUGUGAAAAGACGCAGAUCGCCCACUGAUGAGCAGGAUCCUAAAAAGGAAGAAGCUCCGGCGGAGGAGAAUGUCAAGCACAAAAAAGGAUUCUUCAGGGCUCUGAGACGGAAAUUUAAAAAGAAAAAAGAUCAUAAAGUCCAGAGUUCAGAGUCAAUUGUGAAGAACAAGGAGACUAUGGAGGAACAAAGUGCUGGUCUUGAUGAGUACUUUGCCCAACAUAACCAAUGUUCUAAACAAAUACAAACAACAGAGAAGGAAAUAUUGGAGGAUUCCUUGUCGAGACUAAAAGUUGAACUGGCUGACACAGAACUCCGUUUAAGACAGGAACAGAUGAAACUGGCAAACGUCAAAGAUCAUUUUAUGUUCCUGCAACUAGGGUGGAAGUGGCAGAAGGAAAUCUUUGAGUUUGAGUCUGCUAUGAUUGAAAAGGAAAGAAAACGCUUCGAAACCGAGAGGCGGGAAAUUUCCAAUUCAAAGAAAGCCAUAGAAAUUAUGACGGCAGCACUCGCACGCAAAGAAGCUUCCCUCCAGGAGAGGAUUGACAUGAUGGCGCAAAGUGACGCCGAACCUCUGGAAACGGAUGUCUAACAAAUUACAGUUUGAGUGACACCAGUUUCCUGGUUCUUUAGUUUUUAAAGUAGGAUUUUUAGGAG